AUGGGAAAAGCGAGCGUCGAUAUUGCGCAACGGGAAAACCUUGAGAAGAAUGCUGAGGAAGAAGACAACAAGGGGAAAAGCCCGGAGAAGAAGUCGCCGAAGAAAAGAAAGCGUGAAGAAUCGGACAGUUCUGAUGAUGAAAAGGCCGGUGCAGAGGGAAGUAGUAAGCGAAAAGCAAAGAAGAAAAAGAAUCAAAUGAAGAACAAGGCGAAGAAAAUCUCGGGAGUUGACGACAACGAUGGAUUCAAUUCGACAGGCUACAUUCAGAAGGUCAAGAAAGAGAAGCGGUUGAAGCUCAGAGUAGGAAAGAGAACUUUGGCCAAGACCAGUGCGAAACUCAUCAAAAAUAAACGGAAGAAAAUGCUGAAAAAAGUCGGAGCAUCUUCAUAA